UGUUCAUAUAUCAUGAAUAAAUACAAGUUUUUCACACUUUAUAUAAUAUUACGUGGGGGACUUUUAUUUUGAAAGUUUCUUAAAUUCCGCAACACGGAAGUACUUUUAUUUUUUUUGUGUUGCUGACGACAAGCUGGUUACUCCUAGUUACAGGGCGGCAGCUUCGAUCGCACAUGGCAGACUACAAAAGGGUUGUGUUUCAGCUCGCAAAGCGGUUCACAAAUAUAUUCAGAACACACUAUGCAGCCGGUCUGUAUACCUCAGUGUUGUGUGCAGCCUGUCCGAGUGGUGAGAUGCCUUUGGAUAUACGGCGUAAAAAACAACAUUAUUUUAUUGGGUUAGGCUGAAAGGCUGUAAAGUUGAGCAACCCACUGCUACUGUUCUAGAUGACUGUUGGGAAUAUACAAGUAGACAAGGCAGUGGUUUUGGUUGGACAGUUGGAAAAACUUGCUGAUGAGAGUGGUUGGAGGUUGGCCCUUCCGUGGUGAUUAAGGUCUGUUCCUCCAUGGUUAUAGUUAGUUAGCUCGUAGAUUUAGCAAAAGCAGAGUGGGUAGCCACUUUGUCGACGUGCACAAGAGUAACUAACUUGGCACUUUUGCUAACCUUGCCUGGUGGGUUCUUCUAGAUUUAGCGAACUGACGUUAACUAGCUCAAUCUAGUCAAGUAGCCAACAAACAUUCAACACUGAAACUAAAAAGUUGAUUUCCUUGCUCAAGUAUGGGGAUGUGCUUACCGUGCCUUGGUGGACCUGGAAACGACUUGUCCACCACACCAGAUCGAGAGACAAGGAGACUUGAGCUGGCAGAGGCCGCUGAGAAGAGACAGAAAGAGACAACCUACAGGGGUGUCAAAAACCCCCAAGCAGUUGAGAGAAAUAAAAAGAAUAAGGAGAUGGAGAAACAAGAGAUGAGACCGUCUCCGCCUGGAGGAGAAGGAGGAGGAGGAGGGAUGAAGUGGCAGGUAGGCUAAAGAUAGACAUGGAGAGAUCCUGGAAGUCUCAAUGUAGACUGAGGUUCAGCUAACAACAUGAAGAUGGUACCAGUUGACUUAAAGGCUUUUUUUUUUUUUUUUUUUAAAUAUCAGCCCUUAUACUAGAUUUUUUAUUUUUAAAUGCAAGCUUUUUUUAGAGGCGAUUGUGUGUCUGCAUCUCUCAACUUCGUAGGAUAGUUUGCCGGGCUUCGACGCUGGUAAAAUAAAUAAAUAAAAGAUUCUGCUGCCCAAUGUUGGCCGUGUGAAUCACAGGACAUGCCUCCCUUAAUGCCAAGAUAUACAAGAGAAUAUGCAAGCCAGCCAAUGGAGCUUUGGGACAGGGUGGCGUAGCUAUGAAUAGAAUAUAAACACUCAGAGGAAAUAUGCUCUCACACUACAUCGAUAAACUGUACCAGGCGUCUUGCAGUGAACUCUCUCUCUUUGUGUUCUCUUUGUCCUCUCGCCUUUCUCUCAGCCAUUUCCACUUUGCCAGCUUUAACACCAUGGCGCUUACUUCUUUUGCAAUUGUUUCAGACAUUUUGAACUUUGAGGAAUAUUCUUGUGAUCUAUUUACUGUAUAGUAUAUUUUCCUUCUAAAAUUAUUUUAUGCAACAAAGUCCUUUUUACUGUUCAAAAUAGGCCUAGAUGAUUCAAAUGACAUUUUCUAUUGUAAAUCAGUGUGAAAAGAACUACGUUUCCCAUAGCUACCGAUGAACCACAUGUGAACGUUUUAGAGUUCCCGCACCAGCACUAUUCAGUUGACUUUUCUAUUGUAGAUCAGUGUGAAAAGAACUACGUUUCCCAUAGCUACUGAUGAACCACAUGUGAACGUUUUAGAGUUCCCGCACCAGCACUAUUCAGUUGACUUUUCUAUUGUAGAUCAGUGUGAAAAGAACUACGUUUCCCAUAGCUACUGAUGAAUGUUUUAGAGUUCACGCACCAGCACUAUUCAGUUGACUUCACUUUAGUGUUUGAUUUUCAUAUGUCUGUGCAAUAUAAGUUAUUUGCUACACGUUGUAUUGGUUUGUAAUGUAUGAAGAAAAUGCUAUAUUUUAAAUGAGGUAAGAAGUUUGAGUCGUGAAAGCCUGAUAAAUGUUUUUUUUAUGCAUGAAUAUUUCUUCUUUUUUCCCUCUCAUUUCAACCUGUUCUGUAAUAUUGUUGUCAUGACAAUGUUCCAGGAAUUAUUUUAUCCAAACAUACACCGGUGUCACAAUGUUCUUUCUUGGGUAUGCAGUCUGUUGUCAGGAUGGUAAUAGGACUACCGUUAUUCACCAGGUUUCAGUCCAUUUCAGUUCAGGAAGUACACUGAAAUUACAAUUAUCUGCAAUGCUUUUCAAUGAGGAACAUUUUUUUUGGAUUUACUUUCUGAAUUGAAAUAGAAUUGACCCCAACCCUGUCAUCCACUGGGGCGUACCUGUCCACGAUGAUAACUCUGCAGAUCUGUCACCCACUGGGGCGUACCUGUCCACAAUGAUAACUCUGCAGAUCUGUCAUCCACUGGGGCGUACCUGUCCACGAUGAUAACUCUGCAGAUCUAUCAUCCACUGGGGCGUACCUGUCCACGAUGAUAACUCUGCAGAUCUGUCAUCCACUGGGGCGUACCUGUCCACGAUGAUAACUCUGCAGAUCUCAGAAGGAAAUGGGAAGAGAGCCUGAACCAGCAGGUGUUAUUGUGCACUUGGAAGUAUUGCAUUUAUACCUGCCUUGCUUUUUAUACUUGAGGUUUCUUCUUCCUAUACCCACCUAGUGCUUCAAAGGCUCUUGCCAUUUUGAGGUGCAUGAAGUCACGCCAAUGUCAUUUUGUUGAAAUAAAGUUGUCAGAUGACUGUUGUUUAUGACCUUUUGACCUGGGGCAAUUGUGCACCGCCUUAUGGGACUCCCGAUCACGGCCGGUUGUGAUACAGCCCAGGAUCGAACCAGGGUUUGUAGUGAUGCCUCUAGCACUGAGGUGCAGUGCCUUAGACCGCUGAGCAUAACAAUGUGUUUAUAAAUAAUGUAAAAUAAUAAACAAUUUGUCACAUACACUGGAAAGGUGCAGUUUACAGGGUCAGCCAUAGUACAGCACUCCUGGAGCAAAUUAAGGUUAUAAGUGCCUUGCGCAAGGGCACAUUAACAGAUUAUUCACCUUGUCGGCUCGGGUAUUCAAACCGUCAACCUUUCGGUUACUGGCCCAACACUAACCACUAGGCUACCUGCCACCCUUUAUGAUGGACACACAAAUCAAAUCAGAGUUAAUUGGUCACGUACACAGAUAUAUAUAUAUAUAAAAAAAGAUGCUUUUAUCUUGCUCCAACAGUGCAGUAAUACACAUAUAAACCAAAAAGUAAUAGAAAGAUAUUAAGAAAUAUCAGAACGAGCAAUGUCAUAGUCCGGAAUAUACAGUGUGUGUACACUACUUGUCAAAAGUUUUAGAACACCUACUCAUUCAAUGGUUUUUCUUUAUUUUUACUAUUUCUACUGGCCUCUUUCUAGAGCUCCGACUUCCCGAUUCAUCUCGAAAGCACCAUAAUAGCUCAGAAAUGAGCGAAAUGACAGGCUACUUUGACACUGACAAACUGAGAUGAAUGAAAACCACCUCUUCUUGAGUCCAUCAACAGCCAACGCCUAGUUGUGUGGAGACUAUAGGAAAUUAUAGUCCUAAAAAUGCUUUCCAGUUUCACUGAUUCACCCAAAGAUGUGAGGCUCACUCACUGGUGAUGGCCUAUGCGCGCGUCCCCGACUGUAGACUAUGCCUUGUAUUGUACACUCCAAUAGGCUAUUUAUCCUCUGUGGCAAACGUUUAGGCGUUCUCAUGGUGUAGUAGGCUAUUCUGAAUUAUUAAAUGUAUUUCUGAACAGACAGCAGUAACUCUAUAACUUUGGCACAUUUAUUUCAAUUUCUCAUGCGUGCUUCAGCUCCUCCAGAACCCUUCGUAUGAUUCUAUAAGGGGAAUGAUGAAGUGUGACGCUGGAGAGAUGAGAGUUGCAGGCUCAUGUCUAUCAGAGCAGAGAGAGAUUUUAGAAAGGGAAUCUCAUUCUAGUUUGGUGAGAGAUACAGGGGGGGGAGAAAAAUUAAGGAGGAGGCAACUCGAAUGAACUUUGUUCGUGUUUAUUAGAACUUUACAUUGUAAAAAGUGACACUUAUUUUUCAUGCCACGAGAGGUACCAGAUCCAAAUAGGGUCCGGAACGAAACAGUCCAAAACGUAGAGGUGCCGGAUCUUGUUCCGACAGGAUUCGGCUCAAAUUAAGCACUUGAACUUGUGUUCCUCCACCUUUCCUUAGCUCUGUUGUGGAUUGUGUUUCUGUACGCCAAUGGAAAGUCGACAAAACAAAGAGCAAACCAGCCAUGUAUUGAAUACAUGGAAUUGGAUUGGGAUGGUACUGAUGAAUGAAUCAGGCACACAAUCUGCUCAUUUUUGAAAUAUUUUUUUGAAAUCAGGUAUCAAAUUUGAUUUGUAAUAUUGGUUGGUGAAAUAUGCUUAAAAUGAGUCAUUUCCCAUAAUUCUGUACCUUUGGAUAGUUGCACUUCCAAUUUUGAUCAUCAUGAUUUUAGUGACUGCAAAGAAAAUGUAUAGAUCUACUGGGAUUUUUAAAAUACAAAACUAACUUCCUGUUUUGUCCGCUUGGACACAAGAGACAAGUAUAGUCGCGUUAAUCUUUUUUGUUGUUGCAAGCAGUCGUGUUCUUUUGAUGAAUGUAUUUAUGUUUUAAAAAGACAACUACAUUUUGAAAAUCCAUUUCCUGUUUUGCAACAGCUCUGUAGGUCUUAUGGACGCUGUUUUGAAACAUGACAACCUUGUUCCAAAUAAAAUAGUAGGUUAAAAACAGUUGUUUCCUGAUUGAAAUAGUACAAGAGUACACCAUGAGGGACUCGUUUCUCUACCAGCAGGUUGCGGGAGGACCACAGUGCGUCCUUCAGACACGUGAGGGUGGGCCAGAGCUUUGUGGAGGCCUUCGGCCCACCCCAUAACAGCACGAGCUGGAGCGUUAGGUCUUCCCCUGCUGGCGGACAUGAGAUCAGGGCCUGUUUUCUUCCACAGGUCCCUGGCUGGUCUCCCAGGGAACAUAUAUUUUCUUAUGGAAAAGUUUUAUUGUUGCAUUUUCUUUGAAAACAGCUCAUAUAUAUUUUUGUACAUCAUAUUAUACACAUAAAAACGGCAUUAAAGCAUCAAAAACUA